UUAAUCAAUUUAAAUAAUGGGGCAAAUGAGCAAUAAAUAAAAGAGAAAAUAGAAGUAGAGCAAAGCAUUAAGCGGCAAGUCGGCAAGAGGGAACACGACGGCGCAAGCAGAGAAGAGAGAGAGAGCAUUUCUCUUCAGUAAUGCUCUUCAAUCUGAUAAGACAAUAAUAGUAGUAGAUUUAGGGUUACAAAGCUCACCUUUGAAGAAGAAGUAACGAAAAUGUCAGAUUUAGACAGGCAAAUUGAGCAACUUAAGAGAUGUGAACCGUUAAAGGAAUCAGAAGUUAAGGCACUUUGUCUUAAAGCUAUGGAAAUUCUCGUUGAAGAAAGUAAUGUCCAGAGAGUCGAUGCGCCUGUCACUAUAUGUGGUGAUAUCCAUGGGCAAUUUUAUGACAUGAAAGAGCUAUUCAAAGUGGGAGGUGAUUGUCCAAAGACAAGUUACUUGUUUCUCGGAGAUUUUGUUGAUAGAGGAUUUUACUCUGUUGAGACAUUUCUUCUUCUACUAGCUCUUAAGGUGAGAUAUCCAGAUCGGAUCACUCUUAUCAGAGGUAACCACGAGAGCCGUCAGAUCACACAGGUAUAUGGAUUCUAUGAUGAGUGCCUACGGAAGUAUGGUUCAGUAAAUGUUUGGAGAUACUGCACGGAUAUAUUUGACUACUUAAGCUUAUCCGCUCUCAUUGAGAAUAAGAUAUUCUCUGUUCAUGGUGGUCUCUCUCCUACAAUAUCUACAUUAGACCAGAUUCGAACUAUUGAUCGGAAGCAAGAAGUUCCUCAUGAGGGUCCCAUGUGUGACCUACUAUGGUCAGAUCCGGAGGACAUCGUUGAUGGAUGGGGAUUGAGUCCUCGUGGUGCAGGUUACCUUUUUGGUGGCAGUGUUGUCACUUCAUUUAACCAUACAAAUAACAUAGACUACAUAUGCCGUGCACAUCAGUUAGUAAUGGAAGGAUAUAAAUGGAUGUUCAAUAAUCAGAUAGUUACAGUCUGGUCUGCCCCGAAUUACUGUUACAGAUGUGGAAAUGUCGCAGCAAUUCUUGAGCUAGACGAGAAUCUUAAUAAGCAGUUCCGUGUGUUUGAAGCGGCUCCUCAGGAAUCAAGAGGAGCACCUGCUAAAAAGCCUCCACCAGACUACUUCCUGUAGGGCCACACAAAGGAUUCAAUUUUUGCCAUCAAUAUACCCAUAUCUUUGACAAUAUGGUUGUAGAGCACAGGCCGGAGAUGCUCUCACAUGAUUCAUGUUAGAUACUUACCGGUUAUCUGGUCGAAAGGCUUCUUGGUUUACAGAAAGAAUGGUUCCAUUGUUGGGGUUUCUGUAUCUUACUGAGAUCUGAUUGCAUGUUCCCCAUUUUGAAAUCCCAUAUUAUUUUUCCUUUGUAAUGAUGGUGUGUAAUAGAAUGGGACAUUGAAGUGGAAGUUGCAAUAAUGAGGCAAGCUUCACUCUCCUGUUAGGAGUUGUACGACUGAUGUCGAGGACCAUAUUCGGGCAUCUUGUUACAGCUGGACUUCGGUAAAUCAGUAAAUGUUUCUUGGUCCCAUGUCGCAUUAAAUGCAAUUCAGGCUGUGUUAACAAAAAA